AACCCGUUUCGGUGUAACACACCAAAGCAUAUAGACGUGCCCCCCUAGGCUUAUCACUAAUACUGGUUCGAGUUCUUCAACUUCUCCCCUUCAUGAACUUCUCUCGAGUUCUCCACCAAUCUAAGAGACAAUUUUGGAAAACCACGAGAGUCCAGAACCAGUCAUCACUAUAGCUGAAGUGCCUUAUUUUUUUUUGGAAGUGUUAAUUCAAUUUAUGUACUCUGGUUGCGCAGCUACUUCGUCAAAGGAAGAUAUGACUUAUGUUCUUAAUCUGGGAAUCAAUCUACAAGUGAAAAAGAUGUCUACGAUUGAUCAUGUUACUAUGAAUGUCAUACAGUAUAUUAAGAAAUCUAAAAAUGAAAAUGACCAUUCUGUAAUUGAUAAAAAUUUAAAUGUUGAAGAAUAUCAUACUGAUCUAGAUGAAAACACUCACUUUGUUGAACAAGACAUUGACUUGAAACAAGAAAGACCAUGUAAGAUCCAAAGAAUAAUUAAAGAAGAAUGCAAACAAUCGACUAUUUCUAGUAUUGAAAAUAGUAUAAAACGUGAAUCUAGUGAAUAUUAUAAUUCUACCAAUACUUUGAUUUGUACAAAUUUCAAUUACAUGAAGAUGACAACUGAUAGUAAUGAAGAUAGCAUGGAGGCAAUUGGCAUGAAAAACACGAAGGACAAAACUGUUAAUGAUUUGGUAACAAACAAUUCUAGUAAGUUUCAAAUCACUAACAGGCGAGUUUCGGUUGGAGUUUUCAGUUGUGAUGUUUGUCAUCGUACAUACACUGCCAAGCCCGGGCUCAACCAACACAAGAAGUUUGAGUGCCAGCUUAAGCCCACUUUUCGUUGUUCUUAUUGUUUAAAAAUGUUUUUCCGAAAAAGUUCAUUAAAUCGUCAUUACGUUAGUGUUCAUAAAAUCCUCAUGUUUCCCACUAAAUCGAAACAAUUGUUAAAAAAAAUUGAUACUUAUAAUAACGCUUGAGUUAUUUUAUUAUUAAUUAUUUUAUGUUAUCUUAUUUAUAUUUUGUAUUUAUCGGAAAAGCGUUUUAAUUUGACUAUUGUUAACAAUUUGAAUCUAGUCCUUUUUUUUUGUAUAGACAUUUUUCUAUGUUAUUUAUUUAUCUUCGCUGUGAUAUUUUGUGAUAAACAAUAUUUUGAAUUGUAAAAAAAAAACUUGUUCACACUGUAUGUAUUCUUGAAUGUCUUUUUUACUGUUGCAAUUUAUAUAUAUAUAUAUAUAUUUUUUAUAUUAUGUUCAAACUAUAAUAAUAAUAAUAACAAUUUUGUUUGUAAUGCAACAGCACACUUUUCCACUGUAAUAAUUUGUGAUAUAUACUUUUUUAUAAUCAAUUCAAGAAAAAUAUCUCUGUAAACAGAUUAUUCGAAUUUGUGGAAAAGGGAAUUAAAUAUAAAAAUAAUUUCUAGUCAAUAAUGUUUUUAUUUAUACAUAUAUAUAUUAGAUACAUUUAGAUUAUAGUUUAAUAUAGGUACAUCUAUAAGUACUCAUCUAGGUACAAUACAAGUGGUAUGUGAAGACGACUACACAGUGUGACAGUGCAUUGCUGUCUAAACGUCAGGUUUUUAAAAAAGAGUUAGUACGGUGCAACGCAGUUCAGUAAUUAGCCUCUUUGUUGCUUAGAACUAUAUAUUAUUUAACUAUCAUAUAGAUAUAAAAUCUAUUUAUUAUAUCUUUACUAUAUAAAUUAUAAUUACAACAACUUAUUAAGAUAUUAUUAUUAUUAACACAACUUGAAAACUGUACUCAGCUAAUGGACUGAUGACCCGAACUUCUUGAUAUUUAUUUGCUUAGCUUUUAUACAACUUGUCGUUAAAAUAAUUAUUUUAAACACAAAAGGUAACCACAGUUAACGUUUAU